AAACUUUUUUUUUUUUUUUAAACCUUUUUUCAACAUUUUCUAAUCGGGAGGAAUAUCCGGCCAAAGAUGAACACCAUCGUGUUUAACAAACUGAGCAGCCAGGUCCUGUUUGAGGAGAAGGCGAAAGAGGUGGAGAUGAGCAGCAGAAAUUAUCUAGAAGUCAUCGACGGGCAACAUCCAGACCUCCUCUCCAGCAACCAGACUAUCAGAGACAACCAGGCCAUCAGACACAGGCGGAGCGGGGGUCGUCCCAGCGGUGGUAAAGUGCGACACAAGCGUCAGGCCCUGCAGGACAUGGCGCGGCCGCUCAAGCAGUGGCUCUACAAGCACAGAGACAACCCGUACCCCACCAAGACCGAGAAAAUCCUGCUGGCCCUCGGCUCGCAAAUGACCCUGGUCCAGGUAUCCAACUGGUUUGCCAAUGCCAGGAGGCGACUGAAGAACACAGUGAGGCAGCCGGACCUGAGCUGGGCGCUCAGGAUCAAGCUCUACAACAAGUAUGUCCAGGGCAAUGCAGAGAGGCUGAGCGUCAGCAGCGAGGACAGCUGCUCAGACGACGGGGACAACCCUCAGAGAACACAGAGCGGCCCCGAGGAGCUCAACAAGCCCAUGUACCAGAGCGUGAUCAAGAAGGAGGGCUCCUCCAUGGUGGGCAUGGGCAUGGGCAUGGGCAUGGCCAUGGGUAUGGGCAUGAGCAUGGGCAUGGGCAUGAGCAUGGGCAUGGGCAUGGGCAUGGGACCGGGGCUGCGCUCGGCCGCCUCGCUGGCCGAGGACUACGUGUCUCCGCCCAAGUACAAGAGCAGCCUGCUGCACCGCUACCUGAACGACUCGCUGCGCCACGUCAUGGUGGCCAACGCCGUCCUGGACGCCCGCAAGAGGAACCACUCCGGCUCCUUCAGCUCCAACGAGUACGACGACGAGCUGCUCUCGCCGUCCUCCUCCGAGGCUGAGGCGAACUUUGUUUAUCGGGCUGAAACCACAGACCAUGGAUCAAGUAAAUGUGACAAUGGCGGUGUUGGCGUCGGAGCUACGCAAAAGGAGAGAGUGAAGGGCAAAGACGAGACGUACUGGAGAGAGAUCAACGCCGCCAUGGCCUUGACCAACUUGGCGCAGGGGAAGGACGGCGCCUCUGGGACCACCAGCUGCAUCAUCCAGAAGUCCUCCCAUAUAGCAGAGAUCAAGACUGUUAAAGUGCCACUGAUGCACAAGUAUUAGCCCUGACGUCAUCCUCCCAUCUCUCUAUGCAAACCAGCAAACAUUCCUGUUUCAGCAAACUCGCCGGAGUCCACAAAAAACUCCCAAAGAAGUGAAAAGAGAACUGUGUGUAGGGAGGGGAGGGGGGCAAACAGAGAAACCAUUCUUUUUGGUUGUUAUUGGUGUAUAAAAUAGCGCAAAGGAGGCCUUGACCAUCAUUUUCUUUGCCGGGUUGACAGACAAACAUCGAGGAGUUUUUUCUGCAGUAUUUCCUAAAUAAGACACUUUUGUAAUGUUAACUUAUUUUUGAUGAGUCUCAUUUAUUUCUUUUUAUUUCUCCUGUUUGUUUAUGCUACGAAAAUUUGUAUUUUUGCCAAAAGUGCCUUUGUUUUUCAGACAAAUAACUCGCCCACUGUGGUCAAUGCAAAGUACAGAUCCUGAGGUGCCUCUUUGGAAUAUUUUAACAAGUUUAGUGUCACAGUUGUGAUUCAGGAUUUUCUGAAUGGAAACUCCCCAUACAUAGCAGCCUAGUGCCUUAAGGACUGAAUGAGCUCACCAUCUGAGGCACUGAACUCGAAUAGCACACACACACACACACACACACACACACACACACACACACACACACAAACUGUCCUAAAAAAAAUACCCAGCAGUAAAUCCCUCAAGGAAUUGUGCUUAUUUUGACUGGAGUCUUCAUUUUGACUGUACCGAACACUGUUUUGUCUCAGUCGGCCUCGCGCUGCUGGCGGGCCAACAAUAACCGUCGGAUACGUAGAUGCGUCGCCCUGACGUGAGCAGCAGAUCGAUAAGCAGACCCAACGCGCUCCCCCUUGUCCACGUGUCGGCCUUGGAUUUCAUUACCCAGCUAAGGAUUGCGCUCUUAUCUGGGUUGCUGAAACGUGCCCAAGUGCUCAGCUGGGCCCGAAUGAAGUCACGUCCACCCACGCAGUGGCAGAGAUGUACGUAGACCUACGGGGCACGCUUUAAGGUUCAUUACACUAUCUGUUCUGACGAACCAAUGCCAUGACCUAAAAGGGAUGUUUUUGCUUUGCGUUAUCAGUGUUUUAUGAGGACAGUGCCGCCUUUUCACAUGUUUGUGCUCAGAACAAGAUAGUCCGGUGUGAAUGAAAAGAAGAAAACGAAAGAAAAAAAAGCCUCCACCAGCUCCCCCCAGCCUUUUGAUCCUCAGCCCUCUCAGCUGUUUAGCAUUACAUCCAAAUUGCUGUUUACAAGAAGCCAGAGGACAGACUUAAAAGUUUGACUUUCUCCCCCCUCGCUUUUCUUUUUUUUUUUGUUUGUCUUCAAAAAUACAUUUCAGUAUUAUCUUUUUGUCGGCCAAGCAAGUGUUCGAAGUAUUUGUUAUUGUCAGUCUGUGUAUGUGUGGUCGUUUUGUUUUUGAUGAAAAGGUCGUACUUGGUUUCACUUAACCGUACCGCAUUAAGAGCUUCUUUGUGUCAUCCAAUGGAAAGAAUCUCUUCUCUAUAAAGGACUUAUGUACGGCGCAAAUGUUGUAAACGUUUGAGUUGGAUUCAUGUGAGAAACUGAAGUUGGCUCUCUAUGCUGACUUUUUAAUUUUAUGUAUAUCUUUAAGGUACUGUUUAUGUGUGUCAAAAUGUACACUCCUUUAUAAAUUGUGCAGUUUUGACAACCAAUACUGCGCUUAUGGUCAAGGACUUUGAGAAGGAGUGAAGCUGCACAAAGUGACUUUUUGACGUUUUCUUUAAUGUCUUGAAUGUGCAAACUGUUUAAAAACAAAAAAAAGAAGCUGCACUUACAGUUCUUGGUUUUCGAUCAGAAAACACACAGCCUGAGAGAAGUUUUUACACAAAGGUGACGAGAAGUAAAAGAAACGAAGGACAACCCUGUAUUAUUCCUGUUAGCGUGUCUAUGGAGGUAUCAUGAAAUCGAUCGCACUAGCCAAUCCCCAGGCACUAUUUUGCUUAUGCAGUGGGGGUUGUGGGCUCCCACAUGUGUUUUUUAUACACCUGAUCCAGGAAGGGUAGCUGCGGGGCAGUGCCGGGCCCGCUCCUUGUGUUUCUAAUCGCACCUCUGAACCUCUGGACCACUCGCGACCCUCACACCUCACACGAUACCUGCUCGCUGGGAAGAGAGAGAGCGAGGGAAGGAGGCUUCAGAGACAACAGAGCAUUCUUUGUUGUUACCUAUCUGCACUCACUCCUCAACAACGACAGCAGCUCUAACAAAAGGGGGGGGGGUUCCACGGCCAGGACUUUGGUACUGUUCAUGCCUUUCUCCAGCUCGAGCCCUCGCUUUCACAACCACGCUGACAAAUGGAAAAGCAUCGGUAUGUAUUAAAGCCUAUAAAUUAUUAUUGCAGACUUUGUAAAAACAAAGUGGUGACCAUAGUUUGUUUUUUUAUUGUUAAGUUAUAUAAAUUGAGAAUUUUUCUUUUUUUGUUUGUUUUAAUAGAGACUGGAUUUUCAAUCCAAUGACCAAAUGCAUAUCUCCUUGUAUUGUCCGAGUUGCUCUCAUGUAAAAUUUCUUUUAUAAAAAAUGUUGUUACUUGGUCAAAGCAAAUAAUGAAUGAA